AUGUGCCCGAUACACGGUGAACAUUUGGAGUUGUUUUGCAAGGUGGAUGAAAUGUUUCUCUGUGAGUCCUGUAAAAACAGCGACCAUAAUACUCAUAAGACUGUGGGUCUAGAGGAAGAGGCUCAAAUGAGAAAGUCCCAGCUGGGAAUAGAAAAGGAAGGCACGGAUCAGAUGAUCCAGGCCCGUCAGCAGAAAAUUUGUGAGAUUCAACACUCACUCGAGGCGGCCAGAAAUAAUGCAGAGGAAGCAUUGUCAUGCAGCGGGCAUGGGAUGACUACCAUGGUGGAUUACAUUAUGAGGAGCCAAGCUGAGCUGGCUGAAGUAAUCAAGAUGAAACAGAAAAAACUUGAAAAAGAGGGAAAGGCCUUCAUUAAAGAACUGGAUGAAGAAAUUAUGCAAAUCAGAUUGAAAAACCUUGAGCUUAAUGCAGUUGUAGACACAGGUGACCCCUUUUCAUUUCUCCAAAAUGUCCGUUGUUUAACAAAGUUUUCACCCGAGGUGAAAGACUGGUCUGAUGUGACGGUGAACAGCAACCUGUCUCCAAUUCAACCGAGCAUGACCGAGCUGGAGACAUCAAUCACAAGAGAAAUAAGCAGGUUUUGUGAUCCCACCUUCAAAGACAAACAGAGCUACGCGGUAGAUGUGAUGUUCGAUCCAGACACAGCAAAUCGUCGUCUCAAUAUUUCUGAAGACGGGAAGCAAGUCACCUAUGGAAACCACGAGAGAUUUAUCACGAACCAACCACAAAGGUUUGAACAGGUCCCUAACGUCCUGGCAAAGGAAGGGUUCUCGUCAGGAAAAUUUUACUAUGAGGUCCAGGUUAAAAACAAGACACAGUGGGAUUUAGGAGUUGCAAGCGAGUCCAUCAACCGGAAAGGGGACAUACGCCUGAGCCCAAAGAAUGGAUACUGGACCAUCUGGCUGAGAAAAGGAAAGGAAUUCACAGCUAAUGCAGGUCCUCCCAUAAACCUGCACUUAAGGGAGAUGCCUGAAAAGAUUGGGGUAUUUGUUCAUUAUGAGGGUGGUGAGGUCUCAUUUUAUGAUGUAGAUGCUAGGGCUUGUAUCUACUCCUUCACUGGCUGCACCUUCACCACAAAGCUCUUUCCAUUCUUCAGUCCUGGUUUAGCUGAUGGAGGCAGAAAUUCUGCUCCCUUGAUCAUCACGCCGGUAUCAUGCAGCUGA